AUGGCCCAGUUCUAUCGAAGGCAGGCUCCCGAGCCACUGCCAGAUACACCAAACCCCCCAACCCUCACCUCCUGGUCCCAGCAACUGAUCCAGGUGCACCAAUUUCUAGCUCACCAAGCCCAAUCAACCAACAUCCUCCAAAGUGCAACCGCAGCUAGAAACCACUUGGAAGUCAUGAGGACUUCUAACCAAUUGCUAGCCACCCAAGGAUUUGCCGGGUUUGAGAGGCAACUCCAAGGACAACUGGACAUAAUCACCAACCAACUUCAACUCCAGCAGCGCAAGUGCAACACCUCUGCUGGUCAACAAGAAGAGCCCAUUCCUUGCACACUAUGUGCCCUUCCUGAGAACCGCUUCAACUUGAGUCUGAUUGCGUAUGGCCAGACAAGUUUGGACAAAUUGUUCACUCUAGGCUCCAACAGCAAUGGCUCAAUCCCAAAGACUCUGGAACACUUGUUUGUCAACAUGGCAUCCCUUGCUCAGAAGAACAACCAGGAGAUUGUCAAGCUAUUGGGAAGCUUCAUCAAGAUCCACAACCAAGAGAUCAUUGACCUCCUUCUCUGA